AGCCGGGGAACGUCUGGGGAUCGGGAUUAAAGAGGCACCAACGGCUCAGGACCCAAAUAGCAGGAGGGGGCUGGGGAGUAGUGGGAGGCAUCACCAGAGCUGUGGGGUGAGGCAGGAGGCCAGGGCUGGGCUAGCAGGGGCUGCGGGUCGGGAGUGAGGGGCACCGGCAGGGCUGGGGGUGGGGAGCCCAGGGCUGGGCUAGCAGGGGCUGCGGGUCAGGGCAGAGAUGCGCUGGCAGAGCUGGGAAGCCAAGGCCACCGUCCGGCUCAGGCCAGGCCUGCGUCCAGCCGUUCUGGCUUGUCCUCGACCUGCCGAGGGGGCCUGCUGGGGGCGCGGCAGGGGCAGCGGGUGCGGGGAGAGGCCUGGAGGGGCAGGGCUGGGCUGUGCGCAGGACUCCGGCCAAACCCCGGAGCUGCAAGCGGGGCACAGUACGAUCCGCCUCCGCCCCCCUCCGCAGGCCUCCUCCCUCUUCCUGCCUUUCGUUACUUUCAGUUACAGUUUGGAGACUCUGAUGUCAGCCUGCCAGAGCCUCUCCCCGCACCAAUCGCCACCUGGCUCCCCGACAAACCCUGCGAAGCCGGAAACACAACUGCAAACCCCAACCGGGCAGCGGGGCGGAGAAGCCCUGGCCCCGACCUGCCAGCUCCCACCCCCUCCGGGGCAGGAUGGAUUAAACAGACGCAUCCCCCUGGCAGCCACGUACCAGGCUCGGCACAAGGGCCCCCGAUGGGAUUUGCCUGCUGGGAACCGACAGCAGAACUUGCCCCAUUACCGGACCCUGGGAGGAAUAAGGGGACACAAGGAAUGCAAGACUGGUCCGGAUCCUUGAUCUGUCUGUCUCCACCACUGGCCAGG